UGUUUACAGAGUCGAGGAACUGAUGUCCUUGGAGAGCUCAGAAGAUGAUGUACAGUCGCAGGCAAACAGCUGCAGCAGCGGCGACUCGGGAUUGGCAGGCGAAAUGGAAGAUGCAGAUGGGGAACCAGGAUCAUCCGAGUGCCUGGUAAAUAAUUUAGAAAUAAUGAAUGCCCUGGCAGCAUUCGAUGUGGAUGUCGAUGGACUGAAUAAUGUCAGCCACGAACAGUCGUAUUCAAAAACUCCUCCGGAUUCUCGGACAGAAGAUAUUGGGGAAAAAUGUGCCGCAAGAAAUAUUCUAGCUGAAGUGGAAGCCAUGUUGCUUGAAGAUGAGGGCGACAUUUCUCCCAGCUCCCAAACUGUCCAGUCAGUACAUUGCCGUGCGGAGAGGAAAAUCCAGGCAGAACCUAUCAUAACAGAAACACCCGUCAAGAAAACGUACUGCAAAGUAAACUACACCGAGAAGGAGAUAGAGGCCCACAGCUCGAAAGGUUUCCGUCGAGCCCGCAAGCCGGGGAGAGUGGAAAAACCACCGAGCAUCUGCGACCUUAAGAGCUACAACAUUACCAGACACUCCCGCAAAAGGGAGGCGAUCAAACAGCGCCUAAGCAGCGUAAAAAAGCGUAUCAUGUGCUCCCUUGAAAUGAUGUGUCAAAGCCAGUCGUUAUGAAUCUAAAUGAC